CUCACCGAUCGCCGCAGCCGGAACCGAUGCCGCAAGUCUCGGCGUUCUUGUCCAGGCUUCCAGUUUGGCAGCGGCCACCUCCUGGCAUCCUCAAGACUCCACCGCGAUUCUUCAGCCUGCCCAGAAGACACUCCGCAAAGACUUUGCGGUUCCAGGUGGACGAAAGGGCAGGUAAACCGGCGUCCGACGUCCGCCAGCAUUCUUACGAGAUGGCACAGGACCUGGCGUUGGCUGGUAGUUCGGUCAUCCUAAGUCCCAGAGGCACACCUAAAUCCGAGAAGAGUGAAUCCUCGUCGACAACGUCGACUGAGAGCAGUUCCGACGACAAGCCGCAUCCAAGGGGCUUGAAGCGUCGUCACUCGCCGUCCCCGAGCGGCGGCCGCCGGAACAGCAGCGCCUGCGAAGUGAGCAGCGUGGCUCCCUACUGGAUGCCCGAUGAAAUCCGCCAUUACUUCCUCAACUACAAUAACGACGAAGAGGAAAGCGGGGACGGAAGGGCCAAGCACCUCAAGAAGGGCGCCACAGCCAGCGCGUCAGCCUUGCAGCGCAUUGGCCUCGAGCGUCCCCCACAGGAUGAAGGUGUAAACGCCGAGGGCUGGAAGCGGUUCACCAGGCAGCCGCACAGCGUGCUCGCCACGCUCUGCUUUGCCGCCGCGUUCGCGCUCAUCCUGGCGGCCAUGUCGUCGGACGCGUACUCCGGCCUGGUGCACGGGGCCAAAGGAGACGAACGGACACCCGCGGUGGCUGGUGCUAGUGCCGCCUACAGCAGAGCUGCACAGCAGGAAAGUGCGUCAGGUAGAGUGGCGUCGUGGUCCAAAGAAGAACUCCCAGGCGAAAGAAAAGCAACGAAAGCGUCGAGAGUCGCGACCCGGCCGAGCACACGCUGGCACGAGGGCGUCGCCCUCGAUGAGAAGAAAGAUGAGGAUGAGGAACAAGGCGGAGACCUGGUUCUGGAAGGUGGAUUGGGGCCAGACCAAACAGAAACCGGCGUCGACGAUGCCAGCAGAGGAGAACCUGCGCGGCCGCAGGUGACUGUGGGUCCCGGUGGCACACGAACAAACGCUGCCGAAGGUGUGCGCGGUUUCGGGGACGGCGAGGCCAUGACAUUGCAAAGCCAGGUGCCGGCAAAAUCCGCGUGCGGAAUGCCGCUGUUCGUUUACUGCCAGAGCCGCCGGCUGGAAUUUUACUACAAAGGCUCGAUUAAUGCCUGUGUGUCCACUUCAUCAGACAAGAUCGUGGUGUGCAACCGCAGCCCCAACAGGUUUUCGUCGAAAGAAAGCUGCCUGCAGCACUGCAUUGAGAAGCAGCAACCAGCCAAGCAGUGCCGUAAAAGUGCCGUGUUCUCAGAAUGUACCAGGCAAGACGUUCUGGAAACAUGGUGGUUCUACGGUGACAAGCAGUGUCAGCGGUGGUCAUUCCCAUCGGGGCGAUGUCCCGUCAAUGGCAGCGACAUAUUCACGUCGUUCAGUGAAUGUUCGCGUCGUUGCAACCGUGACGGGGUCAAUGUCCGCCACCUCCAGCAGAGCAUCGAGACGGACCCACAGCACAAGCCGUGCCGCAGGCCCCGAACGGACGUGUGCGGUGCUGAACAGCUACGCUUCGCGUACUUCGCCGACACGAGCGCUGCGUCGACGGCAGAUGGUCGAAGUUGGGCACGUUGUCACUCGAUGCCUGUGGCCAACCAGCUUGGCCAUCGGUGCCUGGCCGGCACAAACCGCUUUCACAGCGCCAGGGCGUGCCGCAAGACCUGCGUGGUCGGCGGAUAGGGAAAGCGUCGCAUUGCCGGCGCGCACAUAUAUCUUUUGUGUCAGCUUAGUGUUGCUUUAUCUUUCUGACGGCCCGCACAAAAGGUUCAUUUCUUUUCCUGCCUUUCCAUCAUGUAAACUGACUUGUUUGUUGCUGAAAGGAGAAUAAACAAAAAAGGAAACACCUCGGAGGUUUCUGGCAUAAA